AUGGCCGCGGAGGUUGUCAAUAACAUGCGUAAGGCGCAGUCCCUGCUUCGCGACUGUCAUGACUGGCUCGUGAAAAACAAUCAGAACUCGCUGGCAGUCGAGCUCUGCCACGUCGAGGGAAAACUUGAGCUUCUAUGUGGCCACAGAUGUUUCGACCACAUUACCGGUCCCAGACAGCAGCAGCAGCGUCCACCACGCAGGAACCGCCGCAGAAAUCGCCACAGAGGCCGGGGGAAUGUUCCAAAUACCACAGGCGGCACUCAAAGUGCCAUGAGUCACGCCGGUGGACAGCACAAUUCUCCCGUCCAGGUUACCGCAGGUAGACUCGGAGGCGUGCAGAGCACCUCGACAAGUGCCGACACCAAUCAGAAGCCGCCGCAGACACCAGCAAGAGACACUCGAAGCGACCGAAGCACGCCACAAUGCCUCCAACCCAGUUUAAAGGUUCCAACUGCAGCUGUCACGAAGAAGGAACUGCCGCCCACAGGCGUGCUGGUCGACUUCGAUGAGGACGUGCUGGUUGUCAAGGCGCCACCUAGCAUGGUGGCCGAGAUGGAGACUGCCAAUGCGGCUCGUCUGGGCAAGCCGCGCAUGUCAGAGCGGCCCGCGGCAGCGAGCAGCGUCGGGCGUGCUCGACGGGCGUCGGCCCCUGACGCCCCUGUCUGCUGCUUCCGCCGCCGCUCGGUAAUUGGGGGAAGUGUUGCAUCGUCAUCUUCUUCGUCCCCCUCCUCGUCCACGUCCACGUCCCCGGCGCAGAAUGCGAUGCUACUCGCAGAUACAUCGUCCGGGUCCUGUGGGUACAUUGGCAAGUGA